GCCGUCGUUACAUUUUAGGUUCAAAUGGCCGACCUGAAGUUUGCAGUGCAUCGACGUGGAGAGUGCUGUGUUGUCACACUGUCACAAUGUGAAGUUACACCAACUCAACCAAAGUUUAUAGGAGAAAAAAAAUACAUAUAAUUAGAUUAGUCUGCUGGUUGUUUUCUACAAUAAUCAAUUGAUAGGUCUGAAAACACUGACAAAUGUGGUGAAGGUUACCCGGAGCCCAAAGUGACGAUAGUUUGUUGAUUCCUAAGGGAAAUUCCAGCAGUAUCCACAGACUUAAGACAAAACGGCAUGCAAUAAAUACUAAUAAAAGCACAGUAAACAAACAUUAAAAAGUAAAGUCUGGUACAAAGCAGAAUGUAUAAUAAUUUAAGGUGCAUGGUGAUCAGAUUCCAGUUCUGAACUGGAACCUGUGCCAAUGCUUGUUUUGUCCAACCAGCAGUUCAAACACAUUCAAAUUAUUCAAAUCAUUCAAAGGAGAAAACAGCACAUGUUGAGAAGCUGGAGAUGUGAUGAUGAUUUAAACGAUUUUCAGAGUAGGCGGUUUUAUUAUUUUUAUCAAUCGACUAAUUGGUUCGAUCAUUUCAGAUGUGCUUACGGUAUAUAAAAUUUGGGUAGUUUAUUUAUUUUAAUGUAAAAGUAUGUUUUAAGAGCUCUUUGUUUUGUAUGUACAAAUCGUAAUCCGUACAGUAACUUGUUGUUUAAAAAGUGGCAUAAAAAGAAGAUUAAAGUAAAGCCUAAAAUUACCUCAAAAUUCUACACUGGUUAAGUAAUUGUACUUUGCAGUUACAUUCCAGCUCUGUGAGAUGCUGCAGGGUUUGUUUGUUUGUUUGUUUUUGUUUUUUUUUUCCUUAGAAAGUCGGUAACUCAAAGUUGUAAAAGAUGUUUGAACCAGUGUUGAACCAGUGAUAAUUACUUUGGGGUGAACUGAAGUCUGAUUGCGCUCGUGUUGCGCCUUUACGCACGGAGAAACACCUGCCGGAGCGAACGAAGCGAGCUGUCCUCCAGCCUUCCUUGGACUUCGUCGUGACCCCAACACGGUGUCCUCCCGUCUGUGGUGGUUGGUGUCGGUUUGUCCAUCUGUUUCCAUUCGUGUCGACGUGCGUAAGGAUGAAAAGGCGCGCCCGCAGUCCUGCUCGUGUGUGUCAGCUCAGAAAAGACGCAGCGCGUCUCCCCGUGUUGCGACAUUAUUCCUUCGUCAGAUGCAGGGGGUGUAAACACUCUCCCAAACUGACUCUCACACACUUUGUUCUUCAUUAAGGAAGUUGUCUCCUGUCAGUGUGAGCGGCGCAGCGCAGGACGCGAAGGUGAGCAGUGAGCAAAAUGAGCGGAAACAACUCAACCCUGCACCUGGACGGCAUCCCUCCGGACACGCUCAGUAAGGUGCAGGUCUACCUGAAGCCUUUCCGUCUGUCUCUGGAGAAGCUGAAGGAGGUUUCUGCUCGACUGAAGAAGGAUCUGAUUCGAGGUCUGGGCAAACACUCUCAUCACAAGGCGCCCGUCAAGAUGCUGCCCACAUUCGUCAGGGCCACGCCGGACGGGACGGAGAAAGGUGACUUCCUGGCGUUGGAUCUCGGAGGAACAAACUUCCGAGUGCUUCACGUCCGGGUGGUGGAGGAGGAGCAGAUGGUGCUGAAGAUGGACAGUCAGAUCUGUGCCAUCCCACAGGAAAUGAUGCUGGGACCCGGAGAGCAGCUGUUCGACCACAUCGCGGCCUGUCUCUAUGACUUCCUCAUCUCUCAGAAUCUGAAGGGACAAACUCUUCCUCUGGGCUUCACCUUCUCUUUCCCCUGUGAACAGAAAGAAAUCGACAAGAGCAUCCUGAUCCGCUGGACCAAAGGCUUCAGAUGCUCCGGAGUGGAAGGAAAAGACGUGGUGAAGUUACUGAAAGAGGCCAUUCAGAGGAGAGGGGACUACGAUAUAGGCUCAGUUGCCAUGGUGAACGACACGGUGGGCACGAUGAUGAGCUGCGGCUACAGGGACCAGAGCUGUGAGAUCGGCAUGAUCAUCGGUACGGGAACCAACGCCUGCUACAUGGAGGAGAUGAAGAACGUGAAGCGCGUGGAGGGCGAGGACGGGCGGAUGUGCAUCAACACGGAGUGGGGCGGCUUCGGGGACGACGGCUCCCUGAAGGACAUCCUGACCGAGUUUGACGUGAUGGUGGACAAGAUGUCCAUCAACCCCGGUGUGCACACCUUUGAGAAGAUGAUCAGCGGCAUGUAUCUGGGAGAAAUCGUCCGGCUGCUGCUGGUGAGGCUGACGGAGGACAAGCUGCUGUUUAAGGGACAGGCCUCGGAGGCGCUGCUGACUCCGGGAAAAUUUGAGACAAAGUUCAUCUCUGAGAUUGAGCAGCAGGACAAAGGUCUGGAAAACACUCAGAGUAUUCUGACUAAGUUGGGUUUGAAGUGGGACUUGGUCGACUCCUGCGUGGUGCGUCUCGUGUGUGACACCAUCUCCUCACGCGCCGCCUGUCUCUGCGCCGCCGCCCUGGCGACCCUCGCCAACCGCAUCCGAGUCAACCGUGGGUUGGACCGUCUGAAGACCACUGUGGGGGUGGACGGGACGGUCUACAGAAAACAUCCCAAUUUCAGCGAGGAGCUCCAGGCGACGGUGCGCCUCCUCGCCCCCAAGUGUGACAUCACUUUCCUCGUCUCAGAGGAUGGCAGCGGGAAGGGUGCUGCCAUGGUAACGGCUGUGGCGCAGCGGCUGGCUCUCCAGUCCCGACUGUUAGAGGACAGCGAGGGUGACGAGGAAGAGGAGGAGGAGGAGGAGGAGGAGGAGGAUGAAGAUAAAUAAGAGCAGAGGAGAUGCAGAGUUUUCAUUUUUAUGCUAAGUUUCGCUCAUGCACACAACUCCUGUUUCCUUUUCCUUUUCCUGUUACAAACUUGUUUUUGGUGUUACACGUAGUUUCCUGUGGAGUUUCUGACCUCUCUUGGCACGAUGGAUCUGUUGUCUUUGAGUGGGUCCACGUUUUGUUUGUGCGCCUGUGAGUGACAUGAAUUAAUGAAUGACUUCAUGUGCCUGUUUCCCGAAUGGCGUAAAUGACUCAAAGUGAAUUAUGGGAUUCACUAGCAAAUUAUCUUAAAUGAAAUAUUGUGUUUUAAUGAGAAGUAUGUCAGCUGUUUCAAGUCUGGCUGCAGUCUACUGGACAUUUUUAAACUGAGAAAACAAAUCACAGUUUAUAUUGUGGAUCGUGACUGCGACUGGAUAGAUUGUGUUUUUGUUUCUUGCCCGACUAAAUGCAGGAUUUUAUGUGUGAGCCGUACUCACUGUGAACAUAACUGUUGUUACUUUACGAGGGUGUCAGUAUGAUGACGCUGCAUUAAUCUUUAACAGUGUACAUGCAAAGAUUUGUGGCAGGGGUUCCUUUUGUGUUGUGUUUAAACCCCUCACAGCUAGAUGGCAGUGUUGUAAUCUGUCCUCAGCCAAUGUCAACUGAAACAGAAGGAAGAAUUACAAAGCACACAGGCCUACGAGACAAUAUAUUGCCUUGCAGUACUGCAGUACACUGAAUUGUAACCCCUGUAUUGUGAUACGCAUUGUACUGCCAGGCUCUUGCCAAUAGACCAUGUCUGUUGUUUCCCAGGACAUCCACACACCAAAGAAAAAGACAAUCCACAGUGCGAGGUCCACAGGUGAUCUCAGGGGGAUGAAGUGCAGUCGCUUCAUUAACAAAUAAUAAAUUUUCUUAAAUAACUUAAGUUAUCAUUGAGGGUGAACAGUGUUGGGGUUAUUGUUUACAAGACGAGUUCAGAUUUUUAAAAGUUCUAAUCACCUCUUGUUCCCUUUUAAAGUGUAUGAUGGACCUGUCAAAUUGCUCAGCAAACUCGUUGUUUGAUGUCAGAGUGUGGACAUAUUGUUACGCAAAAAGCAGCUUUUGACCAGUCAUCUUCUACUUCUGCUAUUCUUUUUGGCCGUGUUGUCGCUGGUCCAUCAGUGUGUCACCUCAACACUUUGGUUCACAGGGAAAUAUUUUGCUGGCGUUAGCAUUUCCAACAUGCUAAAUGUUAGCAUGUUUGUAAUAUCCAACAGGGCACAACCUUUGAAUGGCAGGACGUGAAGGUGGUACUCGUCCAAUUCCUAUUUGUUCACAUGCUGCAUGUAAAAUGUGUUGCUGGAUAUUUAUUUGUUAGGGCAGUUGGAAUGAAUAAACACUGGAAACACA